UUUCACUCUUCUUAUUACAACGAAUAACUCACAAGAUGGCAUAUAAGGUAAUUAUGUCUUCAAUUUUUCUCUCGUAUAUUUUAAGAAACUCAUAAUCUCUGUUGGUUUAAGAGACUCUUUAUCGUGAUAGAUUUUGGAAAAGAAUAUAUUAUCCUUUUAAGAUUGGAAAAACCUCGGAUUACUUCUUCUUUGGAAAACUUUGUUUGCUUUCGCUUCGAGGAUUAGGCCUAGUUGAAUCCUUUCUUUUCUUUAUUUGUGAUACAUAGUGCCUUGUUAUAAUUAAGAAUGGAAGGAUACAACCAACAGUUGUACAAACGACUUUUUGACCACCUAGAUGAGAAUGGAGAUGAGAAAAUAUCAGCAUUGGAGUUGCAACAAUGCGUACAAUUGAUAGGCAGAGACAUGUCGUUCGAUGAGGCUGAGGCUGCGAUAGCGGCCCAUGACUCAGACAACGAUGGACUAUUGGAUUUUGGCGAUUUUGUGAGUUUAGUGGAAGACAGUGGGACGGAAGAAGAGAAGGAACACGAGUUGAAGGAGGCGUUUAGGAUGUAUGAGAUGGAAGGUUGUGGAUGCAUCACGCCGGAGAGUUUAAAGAGAAUGCUUGAUAGGUUAGGGGAGACGACGACCGUUGAUGAGUGCAGAGGGAUGAUCGCGAGAUAUGAUAUCAAUGGUGAUGGUUUGCUCAAUUUUGAUGAGUUUGUCAUCAUGAUGCGUUGCUAGUUACAUAUCAAGUUCAUCGCUCGAUAUCUUUGAAGAGUACAAGCAACACAGUUUGUUAUUAGUUGCAAUUUCUAGACUUUGUUGCUUCGUUAAUUUUGUAUUGGUAAAUACAUUAUUUCAAGAUAUUUCAUUUUGAUUCAUCACUUUGUUAUGAAUUAUAUUCGGUUAUAUAUACAUUCUCAAUAUUAAUUGCUUU